UUUUUUUUUAACUCCCCUUUGUCUCUCUUCGGAGACCGGAGAAGAGAAGAGAACCGGAAUCGCCAAUCCACCACAUCCCGCAGUGUACCCGCCGCCGCCGCUCGCCGGCGGCGAGGCCCGCGCGCUGGUACGGCAGGCGUGUAUGGGUAACAAGCUCGCCGCCCUCAGGCGGGAGCAGUCGUUGGUGUGGGCUUCGUGGUCUGGUCAGAGUAGUUGGAAGCGAUAGGUGGAGGCAGCGAGCGCGUCGAGGAUGAAGGCCCUGCGGCGAUCCAGCACCUCGUCUUCGUCAUCUUCGUCUUCGUCCCCGAGGACCCCGUCAUCCCCGCCGCCGCCUUCGUCGUGGCGCCACCGCCGGUCCCUUCUGCUCGUCGCCUCCUCCUCGUUGGCGGCGGCGGCGAAAUCGGCCGCGCCGGCGCCGGCGAUGCUUGCGGCGGAUUCCUCCGCUUCCUCGCAGGCUUUGUACUCGCCGAACUCCGACCGUAAGCAAUCUGUUUUCAGAGGCGGAACUAAAUCUCCAUGGUCUCGGAGGAAAAGAAAAGGAGCACUAUCUUGUGAAAGAUGGAGACAACUAUUUUCUUCCAAUGGGAGGCUUCGUGAUGGAGGAAGAAAAUUUCUGAAAAAAGUUCGCAGUGGGGGAAUUGAACCGGGUAUAAGAGCUGAAGUUUGGCCCUUUUUACUUGGAGUCUAUGAUUUGAAUAGUUCUGAAGAGGAAAGGAAUACCAUCAAGAUAAAGAAAAGGAAUGAGUACGAAAAGCUGAGGCGCAAGUGCCAUCAAAUUCUGAACUGCUACAAGGGAUUUGAGCUAAAGGUUAUAAAUGAAGUUACUAAUGAGGGUUGUUCUGGUGGUGCAACUUAUAUGGAAGACGUUAGUACAAGUGUUUCUGUGUCACCCAAGGAAUUUAGUUGUUUAGUCAGCAAGGCGAACAGCCCCGAGAGUGCUGACCGUGCUGCUGCAGAAUGCAUGGAUGAAGAUAUAAGUGAGUUAAUUCAUGUAGACCAAUGCAUGGCAGAAUCAGAAUCUUCUGAGUCAGAGUCUUCGGAUGAAGAUGACCAUGGGCAGAUAUCCAUGGGUGCCAAUAUAGAAGAGAACUGUGCUCCGGAGCCUAAAUUUGUCAGGAGUGCCUCAUCCAAGUCAGACUUCUUUAGAUCCAACAAAACUCCAGAGGAUUUUGCAACAUGGCAGCGUAUUAUACGUCUAGAUGCUAUCCGCGCAAACACAGAUUGGGCUUUAUUCUCCCAUAACCAAGCUGAAGUCUGUAAAGAGAAUGCACUGCAGCAUGCAUUAUCGAUUGGGUUGAAAGAUUAUGACCAUUUAGAACCUUACAUGAUCUAUCAUGCGGCCCGGUUAGUUGCAUUGCUCGAGGCAUAUGCUCUCUAUGAUCCAGAGAUUGGCUACUGCCAAGGUAUGAGUGACCUCUUGUCGCCUAUAAUCGCGGUGAUGGAGGAAGACCACGAAGCAUUUUGGUGCUUUGUGGGUUUCAUGAGGAAAGCGAGGCACAACUUCAGGCUCGACGAGGUUGGGAUAAAAACACAGCUGAAGACUGUCUCCCGGAUUAUCAAGCGCAAGGACUCGCACCUCUACCGGCACCUGCAGAAGCUGCAGGCCGAGGACUGCUUCUUUGUGUACAGGAUGGUGUUGGUUCUAUUCAGGAGAGAGCUCACCUUUGAGCAGACCCUGUGUCUGUGGGAGGUGAUGUGGGCCGAUCAGGCUGCCAUUCGGGCCGGGAUCAGAAGGUCCACAUGGGGAAAGAUAAGGCUCCAUGCUCCUCCCACCGACGACCUGCUGCUCUAUGCUAUUGCGGCCUGUGUCCUUCAGAGGAGGAAGCUGAUCAUCGAGAGGUACAGCAGCAUGGAUGAGAUACUGCGGGAGUGCCAAAGCAUGGCGGGGCAGCUUGACGUCUGGAGGCUUCUGGACGACGCGCACGACUUGGUCGUUAACCUGCAUAAUAAAAUCUGAUGGCGGCGGUUGCUGUUUUCGAAUCGAUCGUCUGUAGACCCGAAAAAAAAAAUGCCUGAGGUAUGUUCUCAGUGAAAGUCAUCUUUCAUCUGUUGUCUGUCACCCGGCAUAUAGAGAAAUGUUGUAGCUUUGAAUUGAAGUGGAUCAAGUUCCCUUAAAGAAGAAGAAAAAUCGUAAGGAUCAUCAAGUAUGUCCUCAGUCAGAAGAUACAUCUUUUAAUUUGGUUGUCAUAGUCACCAGGUUAUACUGGGAGUUGUAAAACUAUCUGUUGUUUAAUGUAGGGGGGAAUUCUGUUUUUUUGCCUCAAGUGUUCCUUGGCAAAAACAGCAACUUUGCCCCCCUUUUAUAUAUGCAAAAUCAGAUUUGUUUCCCUGGUUCUUCAGCAAUAACAAGCUUAUGUUAAAACUGU